CCAGCCGAGUGACGAGCAAUGCCUUCGAAGGUCUCCUGCUUGUACUUGCUGACGGUGGUAUGCUGGGCCAGCGCUCUGUGGUACCUCAGCGUGUCCCGCCCUUCCUCUUCGUUUGUAGGCCAGAUGUCUGUCCCGAUACGCAAGGCCCCCAAAGCGGUCAAGAACGCCACGCUCGCCAACAUCCGCUCGCGCUCGCUCAACCCUCACGACUUUGGCUACCUCAUCAAUGAAGCCAAGAAGUGCGAGGCCGACCCUCCUUUCCUUGUCAUCCUGAUCAGCACCACCCACAAGGAGUUCGACGCCCGUCAGGCCAUCAGGGAGACGUGGGGGGAUGAGACCACAUUUCCGGAUGUUCGCGUGGUCACGCUGUUCCUGUUGGGCCAAAGCACAGACACUGUCCUCAACCAGAUGGUGGAACAGGAGAGUCAGAUCUUCCAUGACAUUGUGGUGGAGGAUUUCAUUGACUCGUACCACAACCUGACCCUGAAGACAAUGAUGGGCAUGCGCUGGGUGGCCACCUUCUGCUCAAAGUCACAAUAUGUUCUUAAGACAGACAGUGACAUCUUCGUCAACAUGGAGAACCUCAUCUACAACCUCCUGAAGCCCACCACCAAGCCCAGGAGGAGGUAUUUUACAGGCUACGUCAUCAAUGGUGGCCCGAUCAGAGACAUGCGGAGCAAGUGGUACAUGCCCAGGGACCUCUAUCCAGAGAGCAAGUACCCCCCCUUCUGCUCCGGCACCGGCUACGUCUUCUCUGCAGACGUGGCUGAGCUCAUAUACAAGAUAUCCUUACACACCAGGCUGCUGCACCUGGAGGAUGUGUAUGUGGGUGUGUGCCUCCGUAAGUUAGGCAUCCACCCCUUCCAGAACAGUGGCUUCAACCACUGGAAGAUGGCCUACAGUCUCUGCCGCUACCGCCGGGUGGUCACAGUCCACCAGAUCUCCCCAGAGGAGAUGCACCGCAUCUGGAACGACAUGACCAGCAAAAAACACCUCAAAUGUUAG